AUGGUCGAGAGCAAAGCCCGAGCCCAAGAAGCUAGCGUCGUCAAGGCAAGCAAUGAGUGGGAUAUUGGCGACAUCACCCUUCCCCCCGGAUUAGUCACCCAUCCUCACCUCCAAGGCUCGUCCAACCGCAGAAACGUGACCGGUCGUUCAACCCAGCCCAACGGCACGAUCCGGCAUGGGGGAGCUUUAGGAUGUAGCGGACUGGUGGUGGGAUCAAUGAGAGAGGGUGUCAUGCCACACCCAAUGGCCAGCGAACAGCCAACAUGGAUGCAGCAGCAGCAGCCACAGGCCGCUCGCUGGGCUCAAGCCGGCGUCCCGACCAAGCAAGUCCACAACCCAGCCAACGCUAAAGCAAAAGUCACCCAACCAGAAAAAGCACGAGACUCAGCACAUCCCGAAAUAAAAUACUCACCGUCCCGUCCGCUGCGUCUACGUGCUUCCAGCUCGUUCCGUCCGUUCAGCGUGCGUGAGCGUGAGUGCGCGGGUUGCGUGUGUGCUGCCUAUACGUGGUGUGCAAAGCAAGAUCACGCGCCUUGA